CCCCCAACCCAGGAGGUGUGAGGCGAACGUGCUAACCACUAAGCCACCGUGCCCCCCUAGAAAUUGUAAUUUCCUUACUUAUAGUAGAGAACAUCACUGCACAGAAAUGCAUAUACUGUAGUUUUACAGUCGGAAGGACAGCCACGUGUCCGUCUCGUCUCGUUUAGACCGUCCGAACGCCGGAACCCUACGUGCAAGUAGCGAGUAUAUUAGUGCUCAUCGGAGUCAUAUUCACGUGUCAUAUUCAAGCAUCAAGAAGGUCAACAACACAAUAAAAAGCAAUAAACCCGUAGGGCGGAGGCGUAUAAUCAAAACGCACACAGAAGGCAGAUGACACAGAGGGUUAGGAAGACAUAAAGAACCAAGAAAAAGCAAUACCAUGGAUUUGCUAUUUCACUUCAGGAAUUAUGAGUCUUCGGAUUGCAAAGCAGGUUCGGCAAUAACGACGAUGAAAAAGAUGACAGCGGUGGUGCCACGAUUUAACAACCCCCUCUGCGAAUGAGAAGUGUUGGAUGCUAUUAAACCCAGGACCGACUGCGUUGUGAGGAUGUUCAGAUGCUUUAAAAGGUUGUAGAAUUUCAGUCCUCCACCAGGCAGCAUCACUGGGGAGGGAAAAACGGCAUAUAUAAAGCCUCAAGCCUCAAGACUUUAUUAGUUCAGCAGGCCAUAACAACGGAACCAUGUAGAAGAUUUUUCUGCUUAUAACUGUUGUGGGUUAGCUAUCUAGUUCCUUUUUAAGGUUUAUUUAUGUCUUUAUUUCUUUUUCUAAAUUAAAUUUCUGAACCAGACUGCCAAGUAAAAAUGGUUCUGCAAACAUCCCCCUACCCAAGUGCCUAUCUGAGCUUUCUCAGCAACCUGUCUUGGGCCCUGGUUUUCCCCUGUUACUGGAUGUUAGACAGGCUCCUUGCUUCAUGUGUAGCCACAUCACUUGAAAAGCGUAGGCGCUCACAGGACCCCUGCUCUUUCCUGGCCCUUGGAAUGUUAAUUUCAACACCACUGUACCUAGUAUUGCUCCUGGCCUCACUACCAUUUGCACUGCUGGGAUUCCUGGUCUGGGCACCUCUGCAGGCAUCCCGGCACCCGUAUAUCUAUUCAUACCGCAAACCAGACACAAACCGGGCUGAACAUGGAACCGUUGCAGGAUCUGGGGCGGGAAUAAGUGAAUGGCGCCCACAGGGCCGCAGUUUUUGCUUCGGCAGCGCCAACGUGUGCCUUCUACCGGAUUCGCUGGCUCGCUUUAACAACUUGGCAGACACACAGCGCAGGGCCCGAGAAGUGGGUAAGCGCAUCCGUAAUGGUGCGAGUCGACCACAGAUCAAGAUCUACAUUGAUUCUCCAACAAACACCUCAAUUAGUGCUGUAUCCUUCUGCAGCGUGGCCACCCAAGGAUUCCGAAGAACAUCGUCACUAGACCACCGUCCAGAACCAACAACAGUAAGUGAUGGUGACAGUGAUCCUGCUGCAGAGUGUCCUGUGCAUUCAUCUGGUGGAACGAAUACGGACUGUCCCGUUCAUAACGUGCAAAGUGUUCCUGAAUGUCCAUUGCACUCUAAUGGGGAAGAAGCACCGUCAGAUUGUCCGAUCCACCAACUGGCAGAUAUGCAGGCAUCCAGUGAUUGUCCAGUCCACUCCACCACAGUGGUCACAAACUCAGAAGAUUGUCCCUUGCAUCCAUCUGGGGUCCAAAUCAGUAUCACAUCGCCUGACCCUGAGCCUUCUGAGGCUGAAGACCAAAAUCAUCGACCCAGUGAGGGAGACAUAGGCAGCAUGCACAGUCGCACUGCCUCCCGCGAGUCCUUGACCCGUUUCCAUGGUGCCACAGAUGGAGGAAUCCCAUCCAACAAUACACUCUCACAGCACCGUACCUCUCUCUUCAAAAGGCCCGUAGGCCGCAAGCGUCGGCACGGGGACGAUGGAUUUGACCAUGAGAUCUCAGCCUUUUUUCCUGCCAAUUUGGAUUUCCUGUGCCUGCAGGAAGUGUUUGACAGAAGGGCAACGGAACGGCUGUGCGGGCAGCUGCACCGAUAUUUCCCGUACAUCCUGAGUGACGUCGGACGCUAUGGCUGGAAGGGUUGCUGCUCAAGAUUCAAGUUCCUAAACAGUGGUCUUCUCUUGGCCAGUCGCUACCCCAUCCUAGAUGCACAUUACGAGUGUUACCCUAACGGCCGCGCAGAGGAUGCCCUCGCUUCCAAAGGUGUGCUCUAUGCCAAGGUCCAGGUGGGCACCUCGCAUCAGGAGCAGAGGAUUGUGGGAUACAUCACCUGCACUCACCUUCAUGCUAUAGAAGGCGACGCGUCGGUGCGCUGUGAGCAGUUGGAUCUGCUCCUGCAGUGGGGCACUGAGUUUAGGAGGGUCACGUCUCAAUCCGCAGGUCAGGAGAAAGGUAUGGAGGACCAGGUCGCCUUCGAUGUCAUCCUCGGAGACCUCAACUUCGAUAACUGCUCCUCGGAGGAUAAGUUGGAGCAGCAGCACGCUAUUUUUACUCAGUACAGAGAUCCGUGCCGUCUGGGACCAGGAGAGGACAAACCGUGGGCUUUGGGUACCCUGCUGGACACCAGUGGUUUGUAUGAUGAAGAAGUCAGUUCACCAGAGAGCUUACAAAAGGUGAUGGAAAAUGAAGAAGGCAGGAAGGAGUACUUGGUUUUCCCGACCAGUAAGAACCAGUGUCCGAGUCAGAAGGGACGUAAGAUCCCACUGAAGGGAAACGGACGCAGGAUCGACUACAUCCUGUACAGAGAGGAAGGCCUGCACGCCGACUGGAAAAUGGACAUCGAGGAGUUCAGUUUCAUCACUCAGCUGGCCGGACUGACUGAUCACCUCUCCGUGUCGGCGCGACUCGCCGUGACUACAGGAGAGGAAGAGUCAUAAAUCCAGCUUCCUGUUACACAAAGCCACGUACAGAGAGAGAGAGCGAGAGAGAGCGAGAGAGAGCGAGAGAGAGGAAGCAGAACUAAGACCUUCCCAGUUGCAUAGUGGAAAAGGAAAUUAGUGUGUGACGUUUUAAAUCUUGCCUCAUCCUCAUCAUGGAGGCAAGGCGUCACACACACACCGACACACACAGACACACUCUCACUUACACCCACACACACACCCACACACACACCCACACACACAGACACACUCUCACUUAUACACACACACACACACACACACACAC